AUGGAUAAUCCAAACUUCAAUAAUUCAUCAUCUAUAAAUAUGUCUUAUUUUUUAAAUAAUAAUAACAAUAAUAUGAACAUAAAUAAUAAUCUGAACAGUGUAAAUUGUACGUCAUUUUUAAAUAAUGGAGAAGGACAGAAUAACCAAGGUUUUAAUAGUAUGAAUAAAAAUGAAGCAUCUAUAGAUAUCUUAGUUAAUCAGAUGGAAAAUUCAUUUUCUAUAAGUACCAAUAUUAUAAAGAAUGUAAGUAAUUUAUUAGAAAGUACAAAAAUUGAUGAGAAAAUAAAAGGACUUCGAUUAGUAUAUGCAUCCUUGCAUUAUAAAUAUAAAAAUAAUAAUGAUUAUAAAAAGAAUUUAUUAAAUAGAGGUUGUGUUAUGUUAAAUACCCAAGAUAAAAAUGAAAAUGAUAUAUAUAAUACAGAUGGUAAUAAUAAUAUGAUUAAUAAUAAUAAUAAUGAUCCUAAUAAUCUUAUGAAUAAUAAUAAUAAUAAUUUUAACACUUUUUUCUCAAAUACAUAUAAUAAUAAUAAUAAUAAUAUGAAUAAUAGUAGUAUAUUAAAUAAUUAUUCAACAAAUGAUCAAAUUAAUUUAAAGAUGCUAAAUUCUAUGAUUUUUACGAAUUAUAAAAGUAUAUCAAAUGUAGAUGAAUAUUUUGAAUUAUUAGAUAAAUGCUUAACAAGAGAAAGUGUAAUAGAUAUAAAUUUGAGUGAUAUUUUCGAAAUGAAUAUAAUUAAUAUAAUUAAAGCUUUAUUAUAUAAUUAUAUUUUUCAUAAUGAUGAAAUUAUUGUAGAAGCCUUAACUUUAUUAAUAAUUAUUUUUGGAUGUUGUAGUGGUUCUACCGAAAAAAUAAAACAAGAUGUAGUUGAUGAAUUAUAUACAUGUUCUGUAUAUAUGUUAAAAAAUAUAUGUCAAAAAUCAUGUGAAAAGGUAUAUACCCCAUUAAUAGUACAGCUUAUAAUAUCUUUAUUAAGAACUAUAAUGAUAUAUGAUAUUUCUAAAUUAAAAAAUGAUUUGAUAGAUAAUAAAGGAAUAGUAGAUAUAUUAUUAAAAGCUAUAGAAAAUGUACCUAAUUUAAAUGGUGUACGUGUUUGUUAUACUUUAGUAGUAUAUGGUUUAAAAAUGUUUUAUGUAUCAACAUGUCAAAUAUAUGAAAAAUCUUUCUUAAGAGAAUUAGAAGUUAUUACAAAUUAUUUAUCUACAUGUAUCAAAAUGAAUGACGAAAAGGUUUUAUUCUUAACAAGUUCAACUUGUAUAACUAUUUGUGAAAAUCAAAUUGGUAUUGACGUUUUAUUAAAAACAGAUAUAUUGCACAAUGCUGUUAUAUUAUGUGAAUCAUCAAAUCCAGAUCUAGCCUUUGAAGCAUUGUCUAUCAUAUCAAAAAUUGCUUAUGCAGCUAAUCACCAGCAAAUAUGUAUCCUUAUAUCGUGUAAUGUAAUAAAAGCAUUGAAAAAAAUUCUUAAUAAUACAAAAAUCAAACCAGGUGCAAGAGCUAGAGCUUGUAAUGCAUUAGGAAAUAUAGGUUGUGAAACUGCAUCAGAAGUAGAACUAUUAAUAAAAAAUGAUGUUUUCCCACUAUUAGUUGAUAUCUUUCAAACAGAUAAUGAUUUCAACACUAAAAUUGAAGCUGCAUAUGCUGUCUGUGCUUGUUUAUCCAAAGCUAACCAAAAACAAGUAGGUUAUAUUAUAUCCUGCACAGCAACUACUAAUAGGUUAGGACAAAAUAUAUGCAUGCAACUUAUAGCUGAUAUGUUAGAAUUGGUUAGCGAAUCAGAUCCAAUGAAUAAUGGAAGUGUCAAAUUAUGUAAAAGUAUUCUUAGAGGUUUAGAAAAUAUAUUAGAUAAAGGAGAUGAUGAAACAAGAGAUUUAUCCUUAUGGGAAAAUCCAUAUGUAUUCAUGUUUAAAGAGGUACAAGGAGAUAUCAAACUCUUACAAAUGCAAUUUUUUCCAGAAUAUUAUGUAGUUAAUAAGACAUAUGAUAUAUUAGCCAAAUAUUUUUCCUUAACAUCUACAUGGAAUAAUAGAAAGUAA